AUGGAUGCAUAUGCAGGAGGAUACAAGUCACAUCUCUGCCCCAAAAUACCACCAUCUCCGGCACUGACUCCAGACACACAAGGCCGAUUCAACUGGAGGACUGUCAAGAGCCAUCACCCAAUUGAGCAGUACUCUCAACUACCUUCAGGAAAACCGUCGCCCAGGCCUUCUGUGCAAUACAACUUCAAGUCAGUACCCAAAGAGAGCAACGAACGGAUUGACUCUCGUAGAGACGCCGUACGGGAAGUUUUUAAGCGAUGCUGGAAUAACUAUAGAGAGCGCGCGUGGACAAAGGAUGAACUUGGUCCUAUCUCCGGUGGAGCCAAAGAUACUUUUGGAAGUUGGGGCGCUACCCUAGUUGACAGCUUGGACACACUCUGGAUCAUGGAUCUAAAGCAAGAAUUUGCAGAGGCCAUCGAUGCUGCUACCAAGAUCGACUUCGGACCCAAAAUCGAUGGCGAGAUCAACGUCUUCGAAACAAUCAUUCGCUACCUUGGUGGCUUCUUGGGAGCUUACGACGUAUCUGGAUGUCAUGAUGCUCGACUUCUCAACAAGGCCAUCGAGGUCGCAGACUUGGCGUACGCCGCGUUCGACACUCCAAACAGAAUGCCAGUCUCAAGAUGGAAUCCCAAGAAAGCAGUAUUUGGAGAAGAACAGCUUCCAGCAGAGUCAAUGUUGAUUGCUGAGGCCGCCUCUGCCAGUGUGGAGUUCACUCGCCUCUCUCAACUCACUGGCGACAUGCGCUAUUUUGACGCUAUCUCGAGAGUAACGAACGUGCUUGACGAACAGCAAGCUUCGACCAAGCUGCCAGGCAUGUGGCCCAUCAGCGUCAAUAUGCGGAAGCCAGACUUGACUUUCGAUGGUUUUUUCGGCCUCGGUGCGAUGGCAGACUCUGCAUACGAGUAUUUGCCGAAGAUGUACCAGCUGCUCAACGGCCUGGGACCAGCAACGCAGUAUCAAAAGAUGUACGAAUAUGCCAUGUCGACUGCAAUAACACAUACGAUGUUCCGUCCCAUGACACACGACAAAGCUGACAUCCUGAUCGCCAGUGGUAACGUCAACGGUGAGAGGGAAAGCAAAGGUCAGCACCUUGUGUGCUUCGCUGGUGGCAUGUUCGCCCUCGGAGGACGUUUGUUCGAAAACACGACUCAUAUCAACGUUGGCCGCAAGCUCUCCAACGGCUGCGCAUGGACAUACAAGAAUGCGCCAAAUGGUAUCAUGCCGGAAGUCUUCUCGAUGACAGCAUGUUCUACAUUGUCAGUAUGCGAGUACACCGCGCCGGCUGGCUCAAGUCCAUUCAGCGAGGUCGGCGACGGACGCUACGUUCUCAGACCUGAAGCAAUCGAGUCGAUGUUGUACAUGUACCGAAUCACCGGCGAGUCGAAGUAUCAAGACAUCGCCUGGGGGAUGUUUGAAGCAGUGAGCAACCUUACCCGAACGGAGUUUGGCAAUGCAGCUAUAAGUAACGUCAUGAAAACGCCAGUGGAGACCUAUGACAGUAUGGAGAGCUUCUGGCUGGCCGAGACGCUAAAAUACUUUUAUCUGAUUUUCAGCGAUCCUAGCGAGAUUAGCUUGGACGAGUUUGUACUCAAUACCGAAGCGCAUCCAUUCAGGAUACCUCACCGGUAG